GCCAAUUUUACAGGUACUGUUACUUUUCCCCCUGGUAUGUCUUUCCAUUUAUCGAAUGUAGUCAAGAUCAAUAGCCACUAAAAGUGCCUUAAAGUACUUUUGAAUAUAUACUGGGGCAUUUGUAAUGGAUCCUCAACAUCUGCGUGCCUUGAGAGACCACCGUGUACAGCUGGUACAUGGAACCAAGCACAUUCCCACCAUACUAGACUAUCUUGUACAGGACAACAUCAUCACAGAGGAAGAUGAACAACAAGUACAAGAAAAGGAUGGACCAAAUCAGAUCCGCAAACUACUGGCCAUAUUGCCAUCCAAAGGGGACAGAGCAUUUCAGUCAUUCUGUCAAGCACUAGGGAGGACUGGGCAUAGUGGAUUGGCCAGAAGACUUAAUACCUGUAGUAAUGAUGUAGACAGGACAGGACAAAAUGUUAUCUUUGACCCAGGAAGUUCUCAACAUUCAAGGUUACAUGACCAGAACAGCAAUGCUGUCAGCAGCUGUGCACAUGAUCUCCAGACUGUCAAUAAACCAACAAGAAAGAAAGUUUCAGGGGAGCAUGUAUUCAUUGUGCAUGCAGGAGAAGACAAGGAUUCCUUUGUCAGGCCACUUGUCCAAACCCUCCAGGAUAAGGGUAUCGCCCAAGAAGACAUUUUCUAUGAUGAACUGUCCAUCAGUACUGGGGAAGUCAUCCGAGACAGGAUCAUGUCAGCCCUAGCUAGUGACAGUAUGGAAGUUGUUGUGAUUGUAGCUAGCAAGAGUCUGCUGAAUCACAAAUACUGGCCAAAACUGGAGCUAGAAACUGCUCUCAGACACAACAAGAGACUGUACCCUAUCUGGCUUGAUGACAACCUGGAUUCAUUCAAGGAGUUUAGUUCCUUAGUCGGCCAGUAUUGCCCAACACUGAAGCAAAUCAGGGCCCACUGUGUACUGACUUCAAAGAUAUCAGAAGAGAUGGCUGUAAUUGCCUCUGAACUCAUGUCCAUGAUAUCAUGCUCAAUUGUUCAAGAAAAUGGGCAUAAAUCAAAAGAUUCUCAUACAGGUAAUGCAGGAAGCUCCAUGACUUCAAACUUUAGUAGGUUUGUUGCAGAGUUGCCCGAUAUGACUCAAGGUUUCACACAGUCAGGACCAACUACCUCCCCUUGUCAGUUAUCCAGUGAGUCAUCAUCAACAAUACUUAGUGGUACUGUUGAGUCCAUGGGCUAUGAUCAAUUUGAUGCCUCCCAAACAACAGCUACUAGUGCAGUGUCAUCUGGAAUGAACAGUGUUGGGCAGGAGUUCAUCACUCAAGCAGGACCCAGUACGUCUCCCUUACAGGGAUGCAAUGGACAAAGUUCAGUUCAGUCUAGACACAUUAAGUCUCCUUUCAUGUUGGAGGAUGCUAGUGAGGAUGAAAAGUUCAUGAAGAAGAUGCAUAGUGGAGUAAGAUCUGCUCAUAGCAUUUCUGGAAAUCAGCAUCAGCUACAUGGAGCAGGGAAGAGACAAUCCACAAGCAGAAAGCCAGACAGUCCUUACAUGAGCCCAUCAAGACUGCUAGACAUAGACUUAGAGGCAGCUAUGGAGGUUGUGGUGGCCAGCAUCAUUAGUGAUGAGUGGAGAACCCUCCUCCAUCACCUGGGUCUGUCUGAACUGGAACUGGAAACUCUGCAGAACAAGGAGACGCCAGAGGCAGCCUGUGAGGCAGGACUGAAACUGUGGAGGGAGACCAGAGGUCAGGAAGUCACCACAGAGAGACUGGUCAGGGCUGUCAAGGACACUAAGGUCAAACUACGGAAUGGUGCAGAUGUGAAGAUUAAACUAUCCAUUAAAGAAAAGUGGACUGACUGGCUCAACAAAAAGGCUGACAUCAUCUUCACAGAAGAGGUGCUAAAUGAUCCGCAAAGGUUUGACUCUGCCAUGCUAAGGUUUGACAAGCUAAAAGGUUCCAUCAAGGAUUUGUGGGAGGGUAGUGUGUGGUGCCUCCUUACAUUCUAUCGAUGGAGCAGCGUGCAAGAGUUUGUGGGUGGCUGCAGGGAGGGAGCCUUGACAGAACUCCUCACAGAAGAUUAUGUGGAUGAGCAGAUGAUGGCAGCCUGUGGAGGGACAGAGCUAUAUGUCUGUGUGGAGAUAGACCAGACAGACCUGCACAAAGCCUGGAACUUCUUCCAUGCAGAUUGUAACUCCCCUGAUGAGGAUCACCCCCCUUCUGGUGACUGGCAGGCAGAGACCAUAUCAGCACUCUCCUCCUCAUCAUCCCCUGAUGGAGAGCCAAUGGACAUAGACACACACAUCAGUGUCAAAGAGGAACCGAUGGAUUUUGAGUCAGAUCUUGACACAGCCUUUGAGAUAGUGUCCAAAGACCUGUGGUCUGACUGGGAGCGGCUGGCCCGUACCAUGGGCUUCACGCAGUCUGAUGUAGACAGCAUAAAGUCAGGGUCACCUGACCAGCCAUACGAGCAGUGCUGGCAGCUGCUGUACAGAUGGAGGGACAGGGAGGGACAGAGGGCAACUCUACAGGCACUGAUGCAGCAGCUGAGGGUGGCAGGGUUCCAUGAGACAUCAGAAAAGCUUGACAUUGGAGACAUGUCUGACCAAGAGGAACAUGGAGCAAGCAAGAAGUCCUGGGAUGACAGCGAAUCAUCCUCAGACAGUGACAGUGAUUCUGAUGGAGAUGACAAUUCUAUGAAAGGUGCAGUAUCAAUAAGAUCCAAGAUGAAGCAGUUGAAGAAGGGGAAACGUCAAGUUCCUGACCCUCAGUGGUCCACAGUCAAGGGAGUGAAGAGGAAGAAGAUGGAGGAUGAUGGUGAUGUGGAGAUGCAUAUGGUGAAACAAACAGGUGUAACAACAAGUGACAGCACAGUACCGGCUGAGGAGGCCACUGAUGACCUGUCCUUCAUGUUGACCCCUGCUGACAUCAAAUGUUGGCAGGAUGCUAUGAAGACGCAUGUUCUGUCCACUAGUAGAGUUUCACUGGAGGAGCAGUUCCGCUUCAACAUGUUGGUGAUGCACCUCAUCAAAGAUGAGUACUACCACAAACAUCUGUGCUGUUACUGGAAUGAUAAGGGUUCUCUUCCAGUAAGGCUUACACAGUUUGUGUCUUAUGUUGUUACAAAAUGUGGUCAUGAACACUGUAUCAAAGGAAAUCUUGAUAAAGAAGUGUACGAUGGCAUGGAGCAAGACAUACAAUACCAAUUGGGUAAAUUGCUCUUCAAACAGGAUGCCGCAGGUGUAUGUAAGCAAUUGUCACGUGACAGUCUACAGUCUUGUUUUACUAAUGACCAGUUGAAGUAUGUGCAGGCCUGGCUAGAGCCAACCUCUGACUCAGGGUCCUCUGUUGCUCCAUACUACAGAUUCAAGCAUGAGUGUGUACGGCAGUACAUAAUGGCUGUAUGGGUGGCAGGGACAAUUUAUGAACAAGGAGAGACUAUCAGGGCUAAUGAUUUUUUGAGGCAAUGCUUUGAUAUUUCCUCAAAGUUGGACACCAUGGCAUACCUUGUUGCAGGACAUAUGGCACAGAAUGACCAGGUAGAGCUGUUCUCCUAUCAGCUGUCCAGAAUCUUAUUCUCCAUGGAUACAACAGAUUUUUCUGUCAUCCAGAAAGUUGCCAUAUGUGUUGCAGAGACAGGGCAGGUUGAUAGAUUUGAAAGUCACACAUCACAGAUUUUUCCAGGUAAUGUCAUUGAUCUAACAUCAUGGCCAAGCAUGAGUUACUUAGGAAAGCUGUCACUGGCACAUCUGAAGGAAACAUUUCCUUUGACAUGUAAACUUUCCCAUGAGGAUGAUAUCCUUAAGCUCCUGUUCAAGUCCAAACAGAACAAAGCAGAGGCACAGCUUGUAUUGUCCCUUAUGAAGUCCAGACAUAGGUCUGUUGUCUUGUACCCACACUACAAAUCUUUGUUAGAAGGCAGCACAGCUCUGGUUUCCCAGACACCAUGUCGCAUUGAUAAGCUUUACCUGAACAACCUUGCACUUGCUGACCCUGACUUUAGCAACAUCCUCCCACUGCUACAGUUUGUACCUGGACUGAAGCAUUUGAGUCUUCAAAAGACUAAAUUAUCUAUCUUUGGUAUGUCAAAAAUAUGUGACUUCUUGUCUUUCAUCCCAAAUAUUGAACAUCUUGUCUUGUUCAAAUGUAGAAUUCCCAAAGAUUCUUUUCUUACUCUCACUGAACAUUUGCAAUGCCUCAAAAAGUUAAAGCAUCUAAAUCUGUCACAGACAGUUUUGACCAAUGAGGGAGUAAACCUUUUUGCACAUAACUUGUCAAGCCUGAAAGCUAUAGAAGUUUUAGAUCUAAGAAAAACUAAGGUUGGAAAGGAUGAGGUGGCAAAUUUGUGUGAGUCCAUUGCUAAUAUGGACAACAUACCACAAUUAAUUCUUGGUUCCCAAACAUCUUCCUACAGAUUCUUCCUUGGUAUUACUAACAGUAGGGGCAGCAGGCUCAUCAUCCAGACUAGUGACUUGAACAUUGUUUCCCUAGUAAGUAAACUUUCCUCUCAGGUCUACAGAGUGCAGUUAAGCCACCAGGGCAAGGUGUUGUAUUCAGUACAGGCAAAGGAAGGAGAGAAUAAAGACAUGACAUUCGAUCUCACAUGUUCUGGUAACAUUACUGAGAACAUCCAUGCUCUUUCUUUAGUACUGCCUGUAGGACAUCGUGUGCAGCAGGCAGAUGUGGAGCAGCUCGAGCUGGGUGUUUGUCUCAUUGGGGAUGAGGAGGUGGCACUCCUGGCUGAGAUGUUUUGUUAUUUACCAUGUCUCAAACAUCUAGACUUGUCCAAUAACAUGAUCACAUCUUCAGGUGCCUUAGCUGUAGCUGCUCACAUAUCACACCUACAGCAGCUGGAGUGGUUAGAUUUGAGUGGUAACAACAUUGGUGAGGUUGGUGUCACAGCUAUGAAUGAAAAGUUGGUCAAUCUUGAAAAGCUGAAAUAUGUUAACUUCAAUAUGAAUAGUGUUACUGUUAACAUGAGAACAUGUCUGCUUCUCACACUCUCUAACAUGGAGAACCUUUCAGAGGUAAACCUCAGCACAGAGAGGUCAUUUUAUCUGUAUCUCCUGGGUGUGUACAACAACAAGGGCAACAGGCUGACCAUCAGGACCGGUGAUGCUGAUGUUGUCUCAUUAGUUGAUCAGGUGUUCUCUCAGGUGUACAGAGUGGAGCUCAGCUGGAGGGGCAAAGUUUUGUAUUCAGUACAGGCAGAUGGGGGCCUUAGGGGAGAACCCACCCAGGAUGACAUUAGAUCUGACAUGUGCUGGUAACAUUACUGCAAACAUCCAGGCUCUUUCUGCAGUCCUGCCUGUAGGACACCGUGUGCAGCAGGCAGAUGUGGAGGAACUCAAGCUGGGUGGGUCUUUCAUUGGGGAUGAGGAAGUGAGACUACUGGCUGAGAUGUUCUGUUAUUUACCAUGUCUCAAACAUCUAGAUUUGUCUCAUAAUGGGAUGACAUCUUCAGGUGCCUCAGCUGUGGCUGCUAACAUGUCACACGUACAGCAGCUGGAGUUGUUGGACUUCAGUUUUAACACAAUCGGAGAUGGCGGUUUUAUAGAGUUGGCUGACAGCUUCAGUUUUAUCCAAGAACUCAAAUAUCUAGACCUGUCUCAUAACUGGAUCUUAUUCACUACUAGUGAUAGUAUUAUUGCUAUGAAUGAGAAAUUACCCUAUCUUUGGCAACUGAAAUGUUUGAAAAUUGAUACAAUAGGUCUGCAUUACAACACCAAGAAAUCACUGCUAAUCACAUUAUCAAACAUGCAGCACCUAUCACAAGUGCAUGUCAGCUCCAGCUGGGGUCCUCAUGUGAUUGAUGAGGUUGAACGUUGCUUGUUUGUUAACAACUGCAAUGGCAGUUUACUCACUAUCAGAACAAAUGACACUGAUGUUAUAUCACUAGUAACUCAGCUGUUCACACAGGUACAGUUGUGAUGGGGAUCCAGAGUUGUGUUCAGUAUGGGUGGUGAAUGGUGUCAGAAUUUAAACACAUUCAGUUUCAUUAAACCCAAUAAAAGUCUAUCAGUUUGUCCUCAGGCUACCCUGUAAAAAAAUUCAGCUGUCAUUUCAGACAGUGAUGUGAAGUUUGAUAUUCUGAAUCCACUCUGGGAUAAAAAGGUAGUAACAUCAAUCGUGGUAAAGUUUCUGAAAGACAGGAUUGUUGAUAUUGAUGCUUCAGCAGCUGCUGUACCUCCUGAUCACAGAGUAUUCUGCAAUGUGCCUCAUGUGGGUAUUCCUCCCUGCUACAUUUUACCCCCCCCCCCCCAAGUUCUUAUGCUUAGGUGUCCAUUUUUUUUCUGGUUACAACAUCAUAUCUUGUACCCUAGUGACAAGCUGCAUGUAUGCUUUAGUGGUAAACAUGACAUUAUGUAAUCAGCUUAAAAUAUCUUGUUGCAUCAGCUGAUCUAAUCAAAUCAUCAUCUCUUACUACAAUGUAUUAGUUGCCU